UUUUUUUAAUUUGAACUUCGUUCAGUUCUUCACUGGAAUUGCUUACAUUCCAUAAUAUAAUGUGGGGCAUGUGGAUACAAAAUAUCCAGCAGUUGAUUGUUGAAUAUGGUGUAUGACGAAACUGAAUCCCAGCCACUUGUUCACCAUCAACCAAUCCCCCCACAAUUCUCAGAAUUUGCUAAAACACACACACACACACACACACACACUGAAUUUCAAUUUGAAAUUAAUGGCGACACUUGUAAUUAUGCCUCAAAAGUGGCCAUCGAGGCUAAUUGCUUCUUCACUCCCAAAACACAGACUGAACAAAUCAAUUUGUGCAUCAAUUAAGAAUAAUUCAAAAUCUGAAGUUAGGAAGGAAGAUAUUGUCAUCGUCGGUGCCGGAAUCGCUGGCCUAGCUACUGCCGUUGCCCUUCAAAGGUUGGGGAUUGGUUCAUUGGUAGUUGAACAGGCCGAGUCGCUGAGGACCGGUGGUACUUCUCUUACAUUUUCCAAGAACGGUUGGAAAAUUUUGGACGCUAUUGGUGUGGGAACUGACCUCAGGCCCCAAUUCCUCCAAAUUCAAGGGAUAGUGAUGAAAUCCGAAGAUGGAAGAGAAUUGCGCUCUUUCAAUUUCAAAGACGAGGAUCAAACUCAAGAGAUGCGUGCUGUAGAAAGGAGAAUUCUGCUCGAGACACUUGCUAAUCAGCUGCCGACAAACGCGAUUUCAUUCUCAUCGAAGCUCAAAAACAUUGAAAUAACCGAUAACAACGAGACCAUUCUCAAACUCGAGGGUGAUUCUCAUAUAUCUGCCAAGAUUGUUAUUGCAUGUGACGGUAUACGAUCUCCGGUGGCGAAAUGGAUGGGGUUUUCAGAACCGAGAUACGUGGGUUAUUGUGCUAUUCGUGGGCUCGGAUCUUAUCCAAAUGGGAAACAAUUUGACCCUAAAGUAACUUAUAUAUACGGUAGAGGUGUACGUGCUGCAUAUGUGCCCGUUUCUCCUACUAAGGUCUAUUGGUUUGUCUGCUUCAACUCCCCAUCUCCGGGUCCGAAGAUAACGGAUCCAUCAAUUCUGAGGGAAGAAGCCGUAAAAUUGGUUAAAAACUGGCCAAAGGAGCUUCUAAAUGUAAUUGAAUCAACGCCAGAUGAUACAAUAAUAAGAACACCACUUGUAGACAGGUGGCUUUGGCCAGGGCUAAGCCCUCCUCCUUCAAAAGGGAACGUUGUACUUGUGGGUGACGCAUGGCAUCCAAUGACACCGAAUCUAGGUCAAGGUGCGUGUUGUGCACUCGAAGAUGCUGUCGUUUUAGCCAAGAAAGUGGCACAGUCGUUGAAAUUCGGAAACCUCACAGUCGAAGAUGUGUUUAGGUCUUACGCGGACGAAAGGUGGCAGAGAAUAUUCCCAUUAACGGUGCGUGCGAAUCUUGCAGGCGGUCUACUGCAGAUGGAUAAUUCGGCGGUGUGUUCGUUCAGAAACAAUAUUCUCGUGCCUAAGUUGAUUAGGCUUGGCCCGAUGCUGGAACAUACAAAUUUUGAUUUCGAGCCCCUAAACUUUGAUUCGGUCUAGUAUGUACUUGUUCCAAAAAAGUGAAAACUCGAUUCUUGUAUAGUAUAUAUUCAAUAUAACACAUUUUAAUUUGCU